UCCCAUCAACGUCCAUCUUGUAACCUGCGCCCGAAAUCCAGCAAUUCAUCCAUCAACUCGACUGAAAUCGACUCGCAAUCAUGGGUAAAGUUCACGGAUCCCUUGCCCGUGCCGGCAAAGUCAAGUCUCAAACUCCCAAGGUUGAGAAGCAAGAAAAGAAGAAGACGCCCAAGGGCCGCGCGAAGAAGAGAAUUACAUACACCAGACGGUUCGUCAACGUGACGAUGACAGGUGGCAAGAGAAAGAUGAACCCCAACCCGACAUCAUAAACGCCAGUCUCUCUGCGAUGCAGUGAUAGUCAAAGCAGUUGCCGAACGAUGAAGGACGACCAUGGUGCCAUGUACAGCGCAGAAGUGAUACUGAAAACGGAGGUACCAAUCGCGGUGGGAUGGCACAAAUGAAGGCAUACUGUCACGCGGAAGUUUUGAGUUGCAUUACACGUGGAUCAAUGCAUAGAUUCCCUAGAGCCGGGAGAAAACAAAUGCUCCGGCUUGAAGAUGGGAUAGUUGGCCAUGGUGAUGAUCAAUAAGAGGCGUUUUUGAGAUGGGCUGGUACAUUUCGACAAACUAUCAAAAUACUUGUCAUGAACCCGCGCUCCUUGCUCUUACUUUCCGGUCUUUCAAAUUGUCGUCGCGCAUGAUGGGCGCAUUCUCGCAUCAACGGUCCCCCGAAUCCGAGCCCGGAAGAUGCGAUAUGGCGACCCCUGUAGUGAAUCCUUUCGUUUGAAACGGAACGCUUCCAAGUAGAUUAUCUUUGGUGGCCACGGCUAUAAAUGGACAUCCUGAGUCUCGCCAAAGAACUGCCUUUUAC